AUGGGGCGACAUCGAAGGGUAUAUCAUUUCAUACUAUUUUUGACCUAAAUUUCAGGAAUUAAUAACAUUUUUAAGUCCAAAAUGUUAAUAAAAACGACGGCGAGCAUUUCGAAAGCGACGCGUAAAGAAAUUCAACAACAGGGCGAGGUUUUCGAGAACGCAAAGGGAAGCGUUCAAUCUUCGCAGGUUUUUAGAUAUAUAGUUUUUAAAAAAUGAUAAAUGUCUUCCAGAGCUCAAAAUCUUCAACAAACGUAGUUUUCUCUUCUCAAUAUAUAAUUUUUUGCUAGUUUCAGUCACUGAAUUCGGUUUCCUCUCGCUUAUCCGUGUCAACGGUAAUUUUUGGUUUUUUUUUCAGGUCUAACAAAUUUUUAGGUUUCUGUUCUUGGAAAGGACGUGAUCGAGUACGAAAAUGAUAUUCAGUCUUGCUAUCCACAGGUUAUAAUAUUUUUGUGGGUAUUAAAUCCAGUUUUUCUUUGUAGUCUGAAGGAGUAAGGUCUUUGGAAUCAUUAGAAUCGCUGGGAUCCGCUGCGGAGCUUGCCCUGGCACAAAAAAGCUUGGUAGUUCGUAUAAAAUUCAGUUUUCAAUGUCAUAUGAAGUUCAGGAAAUCCCAGCCCCCAGCGCCAAAGUCCAAAAGCUGACGGAACGGAAAAUGCCGAUCGGAACACCGAAAUUAGCCGUUGAAAUGACGGAUUUCAUGUUGUGUGACGCGAUCGAUCCCGUGAAACCAAUGCCGUUUGCCGUACAUAUACAGAACACCGUUAGAUUUGAACUCGAGCAACAGUUCAUUUGGAGUGUUGGUUUAUUUUAAUAUUAUUAAAUUUUUGUUUGAACGCAUUGGGGAUAUAAAUUUAUGUAAAAUGGAAGAAAAUUUGGAAGAAAUAACGAGUAGAAUUGUUGGCAACUCGCCAAAUUGUGAGGUAAUGGUUCCUAUUUGCGUCGUGGUGUGUUGCGGCCAACACAGCUGACCCCACAGAGCUGUGGCAAUAAUUUUUUUUUUCUUGGUAUUUGGGAUAAUUUUAGUUGCCAUUAUAGAGUUUUGACGUUUUAGUGGCCGCUAUAGUAGUCAAAUUAGUGGCCACUUAAGGGGGAAAAAAUUAGUGGCCACUAUAGAGGUAUGAGUGCUACUACUAGACCACUAAAAAUUUUAGUGGCUACUUUAGGGGUCAAUGGGUCAACAUAACUGGUCCAAUCUGUUUUUUUUUUGAAAUUAUCAGAGUUACUGGAAGGAACACUGAAUGAAAAACUACUGAAGUGGCCGCUAAAUAGAGAACCUCUAUAGUGGCCAUUAAAACGGAAAAUAGGGGCCCCUGUAGAGGUGAGUUUAGUGGGCACUUUAGUGUCCUUUCCAAGUUGUCCUUCGCGAGCCUCUAUAGUGGCCACUAAAAAGUUUUUUCCUUUUUCCUUUUCUAUAAAAUGAACUGUUUUUUUCCCAGGCUGGGCAAUAAAAAAAUUCGAUAGUUAAUUUUUGCACAGUUCAUUUUAAAAAGUAGGGAAAAAAACCACUUUAUCAUUUUUAAUUGAUAAAUGUUAAAAUUAUUGUGACCAGAGCCUCUUCGAAUAAUUUUUACAAUAAAAUUUUUCAUUUUUCAGUUGAUCAAUGACAUCAACAAGAUACUUGAGGCGUACAAGCGGAGGGAUCUUGAACUAAAAGUUACCUAUUAUCGAGAGGUAGCUCUCACAUUUUUUUAUUUAUAAUCUUUUUUUGAAAUUUCUCAGCAAAAACCAUAUGCCAAGGGUACAAAUAGUUAUUGUACGGAGGAUGGAAAAAAAGCGAAUCAGAAACCGAAAACUGUUAAGGAAGUGAGUUUGAUAUGAAAAAAAGAAAAAUUAUUUUGAUUUUUAGCAAGAAGAGCUCUUCGGUUUCUCGCCACCCAAAGAAUUUAUCGGAAAAAUUGAAGAGAAGGUUCAAAAAAAUAAUUUUUUUUGAUGGAAAAUGAGAAAAUUCAGAAACUCGGCUGCUGCUCAAAGAUCAAACUCCCAUUGACCCUCUUUUGGCCUCAGUUUUCUGACCUUUUCUCCAGGGGAAUGGUAAAUUCGGGCUGCUGACGGGAUGUCCCAGGUGGGCCCCGGGCGACUUGGGCCGCAAACUAGAAAAUGGCUGAAAAACAAGCUGGUCAAAAAAUUAAGGAAAAACGGCUCUUUUGACAAUGUUAAUCGGGUCGUCCAGGGACAGAAUCGGGUCGCCCGAGGGCACUUUGCGGUCGCCCGGGGCCGACUCGCCUCAUCAGCAUUUGAAAUUUUUACCAGUUUUUUCCAGAGAUUCAUUCGAUGGUGA